AUGGGUUUGUUUCACUUCAAGAACCAGUUGUGGUUGAUAGCUACCGACUAUUAUUCAAGAUACCCCGAACUAGUUCGACUUGAGAAGCUCACUUCCGCAGCCAUAAUCAACCACUGCAAGUCAAUUAUUCCACACCACGGAGUUCCCAAGAAAGUGGUUUUCGAAAAUGGCCCGCAGUUUUCGUCGACUGAGUUUUCACUCUUCGCCCAAGACUAUGGUUUCAAGCACAUUACAUCUAGCCCUGACUGUCCUCAGGGUAAUGGACUUGCAGAGGCUGCAGUGAAAAUAAUCAAGACAUCCAUGACGGAGACCAAGGACCCUUACCUGACACUUCUAGCUUACAGGUCGACUUCUUUGAAGAAUGAAUAUAGCCCUGACGAACUGCUCAUGGGUCGUCGGCUGAGAUCCAGGCUUCCUCUGUGUUCAACCAAGCUGACGCACCAAUUGCCAGAUCAAGACAGCCUUCGGAAUUUCGAGGAAAGAUACAGACAACGUCAAAGGAAAGACUUCGACAGACGUCACGGAGUCCGGUACUUGUCGGAACUGCUUCAUAGAGAUGCCGUGUGGGUGACAGACCUCAAGAGCAAAGGGACAGUACAAGCCCCAACCGAUGAGCCUCGAUCCUAUUGGGUAAACAUCAACACUGGUGCUGUGACACUUCCCACGGGCAUACCAGAAGUGGCAGCUGCGUGA